AUGUGCGAGGGCAAGUUCUGUCAACUCCCACCUCCUUUCAGUCUCAAAAAAGAGCCCUCGGUACCAUACACCCUGCAGAUCAUCAUCCAAUCUGCUGCACCCCCUCCUAAAGGAGAUCCAAAUGGAGCAUAUGUGCACAUCUUCAAGCACGUCUACUUGCAUCGCAACAAGGUUUCGGCAUCGGAGUGUGUGCAAAUGUGCUGGAGUAACCCUCUUCGUUUUGAUUGGGGCAACCAGCCUCGCGUAGCACUCAUGGCUUUGAACUUCAUGCUCGACAAAAUGGGCGGCAAGCAGGUUCGCUUCUGGCUCAUUAAGCCUAAGUACGAGAAGAAGGUCUCACUUGAUCAGCAAGCUAGGGAGGACGGGUACAAGUUCAUCCGUGAAUUCGGUCCUAGGACCAACAAUCGGAAUCAAUUCAUGGAGUGGACAUAUGAGCAAAUCAACACUCCUGGUGGUAAGAUUGAAGGGUGGUCAGAGGGGAAGGUCAAGGAGGCUCCGCGCAACCAUAUGCGAGGCAGACAGAACGCCAAGACUCUCGAUUACUGGCCCUUCACUUUCAAGUCCUUCACCACGCGGUUCUUUGACAAGGUCUUGGUGAAAAUGCUCCCGGCAAUGCGGCAGCAUGAGGAGGACGCUACCGUAUGGGCACGGUAUUCCUCAGCUCACUUUGAACAGGGUGCCAGUCGGCAUGCCUGCAACAACCCAUACGACCGAGCCGAGGAUGAUAAGGCGUUCGCCCAGAUGAAGACUAGCAAGAUAUGGGAGAUCUCGCAUCACAACUUUGUGAAAUUGAUCACACCUUCUUUUAGUGCAGUGGAUGAAGUUGAGGACAUGGAUGCUAUCAUGGCAAGAACCCACUACAUCGUUAUCACUGACAAUGGGAUGUACUACCGCGUGGCAGCCACCACCAAGACCUCCAUCAACUUCAUUCCUUGGGGGAACGAGCCCAAGGAUCUACUUGGACAGUCCCAAGUGGAAAUUUUCAAGGCUUACAAGCUCAACCCACAUGGGCAUCAGCUUCCUCCUUCCUACCAUGAGUAUUGCGCACGGUCACAGGAAGUUCCUAUAGGCGCCUUCUCAAUGGUGAAAAUGCCUCCUCAAGAAGUUCGUCCUUCUUUGCUUUCAGAGGAAGCUCUUCGCGUCAGGGUGAAGAAAGAGAAGGUGACACACGCGUUCC